UCCCUUAGUAACCAGUCUGACAACUUUCUUCCUGCUGAUUUUUCUAUUGACCAGUGAGACCUUGCUAUGAAUCCAGGGGGCAACAGUGCUGUCUCCCCACAAGUCUACCUCAUUCAGCAACCAAUUACUCAAGAGCCAGAACUGACCAUUCUCCAUCAGAUGCCAUGGAUACUUCCUCAGUCCAGCUGCACAAGCUACAUUAAAGAAAAUUUAAUAGAGCUAAUGAUGAUACAAAAUGCCCAGAUGCAUCAAGUGAUAAUGAACAAUUUGGCUAUGUCAGCAGCAGCAUGUUUUGAACACAACCCAAGCCAGCAGAUAUCCCUUACCCCCUGGCAGACAGAGCAGGAAGAUGAGAUUGAGAUGGUAUUCCACCACCAUUAUGCACCAUAUCCAAGCACCCUUCCAUUCAGAACAUGGAAACCUCCAUCUCAGUCUUCAGAUUUGACACAGCAGCAGCCCAUCAUUCACCAUGUGGGGCCAGAUCUUCAAUCAAUGAGGAGACAAGAUGAUGGUCAAGUAGUACCCCCACCCCCACCACCAAGUGCCACUGGAACAGUCACAGCCGAUGUACUACCAGCUUCAGAAUACUAUGACUACACUGAGCAAUGGAAGCGAAAUUAAAGUUUCAUCCAUUCUUCAUUUCCAAAAAGAUGCAGGUUCUUAGUUGCAAGAGGCCUAAAAAGCUCUUCUGAAUUUCACUCUAGCCAACCCGGGAGUAUGACAGGACAAACUUUGACUGAUACUGCUUUCCUUAGGAUCAAAGCCUAAGAUCAAAGGCAAUAUGUUUAUAUUUGUGCACAUUUUUCAAAGUUUGAAAUAAAUUGUACAUUACAUUAUACAAGUUAUACAUAAUGCCUCUAUGGACAAGUGCUGCUUCCAUUUUCUACAAAGCAGCUACACUUUAAUAUUUUGUCUAGGUUUGCCAGGCCCUCUUCCAAGAAGUAUAUAUCUUUUUAUUAUCAUUAUGAAUUCUUGAGCCCCUGAAGAUUAAGUGUAUAGUAAUACUUCUUCACUUUUUGGCUUUGGGCUGGCACCUGUUAACGUCAUCUCAGUUUGUUUGUUUGUUUGUUUGUUUGUUUGCUUGUUUGUUUGUUUAAGCUGAGCAUCAGAGCAUCCUGUGUCCUUCUUUAAUAGAUAUUCCUCAAUUCUUCUUCACUUCAAGAUAUUCAAGUGGUAUCAACAGCAUUUUUAGCCAUAUUAAUUCAAGUUUUAUUUCUCCUAAUUCAGAAUUUUUCAUUAAUAGGUUCUGCAUAUAAACUGGGUAGAUAAGAUGGCAGUAUACAAUCUUAACAUGGUUCUUUAUUCUGUCUUUGAGCCAGUUAGUUGUUCCUUAAGUCAUUCUAAAUAGAAAUGAGGUUCUCUUAUAUGCAGUUCACAAGUUGCUCAAAUUCAUGCAGUAGAAAAAAUAAUGUAUACAGGUAUUCCUGCUUAGGGACCAAAAUUGGGAAUCAGUCAAUAAGUGAAAUCACAACUGUGCUUAUGAUCUUACUUCAACUUUCCUUUGUUUUACAAACCUGGGAGAUCAUAAAAGCAAGUAAUUUCAUCACUGUUGUAACUGCAAACAAUCACUAAACUAGGCAAACAUUAAAUGAGAACUACCUGUAAUCAGUAAACAAAAUUUAAAGUAGUUUUGUAACUCAAAUUCUACUAGCCAUGGAAAUGAGUUUGGUUUAACGCUCUCUUUUUUGUUAUUGGAAUAUAGUUGGAUCUGAUCCAGUCUUUUGGCUGCUGCUGCUGUUCUCAUACUUGCUAAAAAAAACCUGUAAGCAGCAUAUUAAUAGCAUCAUAAAAUUUUAAACUGUACUCAUAGCAUUUCAUUGACACUAUAGUAGAAUAUAGUUAACAAUAUUUUCUGCAAGCCAUUUCAUUUCAUUUUUCAAAUUGUCUGGCUUCAUUUAGUGGAGACCCACUGGUAUUUUGGGCAUUUUUUUCAAUACAGUUCAUAAAUUUGUUCUAAUAUUUCUUUGUAUCACGUAGAAUUAUCAUAUUUUUGAUGGUACCCAUCUACGCAUAAAACUUUUCUUUCUUUAAUUUCUUUAAAUGAGUAUUUUGUCUUUCUAUGUUGGGUGUUUUUAGAUAUAUCUCCUUAUCACUUUUGUUCUUUCAGAUUCAAUGGAUUGUAUUGAAUAAAUGGUUGCAUUUAUUCUUCUUUUGAUAUCUCUAAUGCAAAAUAUUUUUAUUGGUUUGUCCUUAAUAAUAUCACAAAUUUUGUUCCAGAAUUCUCCAGGAACACUAUUCAUCACAUCUAUUUUAAUAAAUCUGUUGUUUA